AGUUUUGUUGAUUUGCAUAUCCAAUUCAAAAUAACUUUUUUGACUCAGCAAAAACUCACUUCCUUCUAUAUACUCCAUUUUUUUGAGACCAAGGAUCUCUUAUUGUUUCACUGCACUCUCAUUGAUUCAAGGGAGAGCGAGAGAGAGAUCAAGAAGAUGGAAGGUGAAAUUGAGAGGUUCAUCAAGGUAUGGAUCAUAGCCAUAACAUGUCUAUGCUAUUGCUAUUACAUAGCAGCCAAAUUACCAAAAGGCCCCUUGAGGCUCCUCUCUCUUCUCCCUGUCCUCUACCUCUUCCUCACCCUCCCUUUGACCCUCACUUCCUUCCACCUCGGUGGCCCCACCACCUUCUUCCUUGUUUGGCUCGCCACUUUCAAACUCCUUCUUUUCUCCUUCAACCAAGGCCCACUUUUCCCUCCCCCAAACAUCUUCCUCUUCAUCACCAUAGCUUCCCUUCCCAUCAAACUCAAACCACAUUCAAAACCCAACACAACAAAAAAAUCCAACCUAUUGCUGACGUGUCUCAAACUUGUUUCCUUGGCGGCGAUCGUGUGUUGCUAUGGUUACCGACAUAAAAUGCACCCGUGUUUCAUUCUGGUUCUCUAUUGCUGCCACAUGUACCUCGGCAUUGAGCUCGUGUUAGCCGUUAGCGCGGCUCCGGCUCGAGCCGUAUUCGGCUUGGAGAUUGAGCCACAGUUCGAUGAGCCGUAUUUAUCUACCUCGCUUCAAGACUUUUGGGGCCGUAGAUGGAACCUCAUGGUUACGAGUAUUCUACGCCCCACCGUAUACGACCCUGUUCGACGUGUCUCCACGCGCUUUAUGGGCCACGCGCGUGCUGUUUCCGUUGCUAUGUUGGCCACGUUCCUUGUUUCUGGCCUCAUGCAUGAGCUUAUAUACUAUUACCUCGCACGUGCGACUCCCACGUGGGAAGUCACGUGUUUCUUUGUGUUGCAUGGCGUGUGCACUGCAGCGGAGGUGGUGGUUAAGAAGGUGAUGCUCCGUCGUGGGUGGAGGUUGCACCGUGUUGUGUCGGGGUUGCUUACGGUGGUGUUUCUGGCGGUCACCGGGAAUUGGCUGUUUUUUCCUCAGGUGGUGAGGAAUGGUGUGGUUGAGAAGGGUAUUGGAGAGUAUGCAGUUAUGGUGGAUUUUGUCAAGGUCAACUUACUCUUGCCUUUGUCUAACUCUUACAAUAAAGUUCAGUUUUGAUUGGCAGAAAUUAGUUGUUCAAAUUCUGGCCAAGUUAUAGGUAUGUUAUUUUUGGAAAAUGAUGUAAUUCAAAAGUCCAUAUUUUGUGUUAUUUAUUCGAGGUCAGCAGUGGAUGGGUGAAUUUUGGCAGAUUUAACAUAUUACUUUUGAUA